AUGAAGCCUUUUCUCGUUUUCUCGCAAGCGGCUCUCAUCCGUCUGGUGGCAUCCACUAGAACACCUCUCCUUCAAUUUGACCCUAAUACAACGAAAGACUGCGCCGAGUGGCAUAACGUUGCCGAUGGAGGCGAGACUUGCGACUACGUACGCAAAUUAUACGGCAUUACACCAGCGGAAUUCCAUGAAUGGAAUCCUUUGAUUGGUCUCGAUUGUACUCCCUGGUACGAUUGGCAAUCAUACUGUAUUGUCACCCAGAGAAGACUGGAUAGCGUCAAACCCUCGACAACAUCAUCCUCAGUGACCGUUUCCAGCCCGACUAGCGCGUCGUCUCUGGCUCCUUCUCCAACAGCUUGGGACUCAUUGGGUUGUUAUGCCCAGGACCCCGCCCGCUCUAUCCUUGAGCAGAACAUGAACCCCAGUGGAGAUGACUCCCUGACCAUUCUAGAUUGCAAAAGUACGUGCUAUCGCGGGGCAUACACCUUUGCAGGUGUACAGCAAGGUAACCAGUGCUGGUGCAGCAGCUUUGUGGGUGGUGAAUGGGCAAAAAAUCAAACCGAUUGCAACGUGCCCUGCACUGGGGACAAGAACACCGUCUGCGGUGGGAAAGGAGUCUUCAAUAUCUUCGAGGCAUUGUCAAACAGCAUUCCUGCUGUUAUCAGCUCUACGCCCAGCUCUGUGGCCAGCUCUACAACCAGAUCUGUGACGAGCUCUGCGACCAGCUCUGCAAGUGCUGCGACUGCUGCUCCCACCAGCAAUGGUGCAACGCCAAACAGAGCAUUGUUCGGAAUGGGGUUUCGAACUAUCAAAUCGUUGUAUUUGAGCUGCUUAACAUGCAUGUGCAUUUAA